AGCGGCAGGAGAAGAAAACCGGAAGCGGAAAUGAGGUCCUUUUGUUUUGAAAGAGGGAAAUUUAAAACUCGACGGCGAUAGUCACAAAUAAACACAAACAACCAGAAUAAAUCCUCCUGAAAACGGCAGCCUGACACUCGUCAUCCCUGAAUGUAAAGUCGCUGCUUCACACCAACAUGAAGAAGAAGGCGAGAAGGUCGCAGGCCGCAGACGGCGGCAGCAGCCAGGAGGAGUGCUGUGCUCUCUGCAGGCUCAGCGAUGACGAUCCGGCCCUGCUUGGGGAAAAAGUCACACUCAAAGAGCACAAACUCUCCGUGCACUACCUCUGUUUGCUGACGUCGUGUGGAGUUUACCAGCGAGGGGCCGAGAACGAAGGCAUCUUCGGUUUCCUGGUGGACGACAUCAAACAGGAGAUCCGCCGCUCGGCCCGACUGACUUGCUGCUGCUGUAAGAAGAAGGGAGCUUGUGUUGGCUGUAAUGUCAGGAGCUGCAGGAAGACGGUUCACUUCCCCUGCAGCAGGAAGCAGGGAUUCAUCUCCCAGUUUACCGGACUUUUCCCGUCGUACUGCUCGGACCACAGUCCCACUCAGUCUCUGUGUGCCAGUUCAGACCUCAGUCUGCCUGAGUCCUGCUCCAUCUGUUUGGACUCCAUCAACCCCGUCCUCUGCUACUCUGUCCUCAAAUGUCCGUCCUGUCACACCAGCUGGUUCCACAGGGACUGUGUGCAGCGUCAGGCCCACAGCGCCGGCCUCUUCUUCUUCAGAUGUACUCUGUGCAACAACAAGGAGAACUUCCAGGAGGAGAUGCUCCGGAUGGGAAUUUACAUCCCAGAGAGAGAUGCUUCAUGGGAGCUGGAGGCAAACGCGUAUUCAGAGCUGCUGGAGGUUUACAGGUGCUGCGAUGCUCUCACCUGCCUCUGCAGCAACGGACGCUCACACUCGGCCAAGACUGGGUGGUUCGAGGUGAUCCGCUGCCGUCUCUGUGGAUCCAGGGGGACUCACAGGAAGUGUUCAGGGCUGAAGGUGGACACCAGAGACUGGGCCUGCAGAGACUGCACGCAGGCCACAGACGGGAAAGCGUCCCUGGUUGCGUCUCCUCAGGGAGGUCCGACGAGGAGUCUGCUGUCCAAACGCCACCUGUCCUCCAUCCACACCCACAUCCACUCCAAGAGACCAGCAUUACCUGUGGGACUUCAAUCAUCUGCGGAGAUCCUGCAGGUGUUGGCCCCUCAGCUCCGGCCCCUCAGUGCCCAGGUGGAGGUGGGUGGGGAUCGGGCUCUGGCUGCCGGCGUGGAGCUGGUGAGGAGGGCCGACUUUGACCCCACACACACUCUGACUGUCAGGUUCAAGGACAACCAGCUGACUGCAUUUCCCAGCAGCCUCCAGGACAGUGACACAGCCAGGCUGCAUUUCCUGAAGCUGCUGAUGCAGCAGAUCCAGGACUCUGAGGUGUUUGAGGGUCCAAAUGGAUCCAAGAACCUGGCGCUGAACUCCCAGGCUCUGCGUGACGACCUGUACUUUGACGUCGGCUGCCUGCUGGCUCUCUCUAUGGUUCACGGCGGACCUCCUGUCGGCUUCUUCUCUCACACUCUCUAUCAGUGUCUGUUCAACUACCCGCCCAACCAGCCGCUCACCGUCACACACAUGACCCCCGACACACACCUGACCCGCCAAGUCAGCAGGAUUGCUGAGGCAAAGUCUUUGGAUGAGCUGAAAGAAGUCGUGGCGGCGAGCUGGGAAUACUUGGAGCUGGCGGGCUGCAACCGCCCAAUCAGCAGCCUGGAGGAGAGGGAGGCUCUGGUGGAGGAUCUGGUCAACUUCACUCUGAUCACCAGGAUGCAGCUGCCGCUGCAGAGGUUUCGAGAGGGUCUGCAGACGCUGGGCGUCUUCGAUCAGGUGCAGCUCUUCCCGUCAGUGUUCUGCAGUGUUUUCUGUGAGGCGACGGCUCGGCUCACGGCUCAGACGGUCGCUCAGCUCUUCACCGUCCACUUCUCCCAGCAGGAGGACCGACUGAUCAGAGAGACGUCCGUCGUCACCUUCUGGAGACACUUCCUGCUGGAGUGUGAAGUCGGGAGGAGCUCUAUUUCCCUGCAGGACCUUCUUCGCUUCGCCACAGGAACUGAGGAGCUCCCAGCCACCGGCCUCCUCCCUCAUCCCUCCAUUUCCUUCCUCCACCCUGUCCUCUCUUCCCCACCGGGAGCUGAGCAGGAUGAUGAAUGUGGAGGAAAGAGGGGGACUGUCAGCUCAGCAGGGAGGGAGGUGUGGAGGGACGAGGGGCUCUUCCCUCAGAGGGAGCCUGGCUCCAAACACCUCCUCCUGCCCGUCACCUCCUCCUACCAGGCCUUCAAGAGCUCCAUGGAGCAGGCCAUCAGCCACCAUGUGCACCUCCUCCCCUCAGAGAGUUAGAGGAGGAUCAGCGCAGCUGCAGGAGGAAAUCCCUCGUGUUUUUAAAAAAGAUCAUGUAUCAAGAAGUUUGUUUUAUCUUCGAAACGCUGACUCUUUCUUCCACACCAGCUCUAAUUGUUCCUGUGCAGCCUGCACAGCUGACUUCAUGUUGUGGAGAACUUUGGUCUGUCAGGUUCUUAAAGGCACAGUUCACACCAAAAUCAAACCCGUUUGUCCAUCCAGACAGGUUUGGUGUGAGCUGCAGGGUUUUGGAGAGGUCGCAUGUAGAGACGUCUUCCCUUGAAUACGUUUGAUUUUGGGGUGAACUGUCCCCCAGCAGUUUUCUGUUUUGUUUUGUUUUUUCUUUUAUUGUGAGCAAAUCAAACCAACAACACGUCAGUCAGUUGAACAUCCAGCUCAGAUGUGAUGUUACUUGAAAAACUUUGGUGCUGCUUUUAAUUUUGUCAGAUUUUUGCUGUACAUAUUGUUCAUUUGUUUGUUUGUUUUCAGCUUUUAAUGAUCCUGAGGUUUUCUGUUCAUGUUUGUUUGUGUCUGUCAUGUUCUUGUUUUUUCUUUUGCAAAAUGAAGAGAUUGUGAAAAGCAGGAGCUGAUCAGAGAUUCAGUUUGUGCUGCUGCACAGUUGAUUCAAAGUCAACAGGAUCGUUUGCUUUAUGUCUGUUAAUCAGAUGACUUAUUUUUCUGAGUUGGUGGGUUUUUGUCUUUCAGCAUUUAUUUUUGUUUGUUUCCUUUUCUUGUUAUUUAUCCGUUUUGUCUUUCCUUCCUGCUUGCUGCAUCUUUGUGCUUAUUUUCCAGAUACCAGAUACUUGUCUCUUUGUGAUUCUCCAUAAAUGCAGAAACAAACCA